AUGAAAAACUCCUCAGCUGCACCAUCCCUGCUUCUGCUACUCAUAUUAUCAGCAAGUCUUAACCUUUGCUUCUGCAUGCGCUAUUCCACUCUUCGGGCACAGUGCAGCCCAAGCAGCUAUCUCCAUGGAAGUAGUGGAAGCUGCAACAGGGAGAACGGCUCCGGUUGUUGCCGGGGCAGCGAGUCUUAUGCUCAGUAUCAUUGCUCGCCGCCUGUUACAGAGAAAACGCUGGCGAAGAUGACUGUCAAUAGCUUCGCAAGGGGCGGUGAUGGUGGCGGUGCUUCGGAGUGCGAAGGUAGAUAUUAUGGCGAUGAUGAGAUGGUGGUGGCUCUCUCGACGGGAUGGUAUAAUCAUGGGAGCCGAUGCUCAAAAAAUAUAAAGAUAAAUGCGAAUGGGAAGUCUGUUUUGGCUAGGGUUGUGGAUGAGUGCGACUCGGUAAAUGGUUGUGAUAGCGGUCAUGCGAAUCAACCGCCGUGCCGUAAUAAUAUUGUUGAUGCUUCUCCGGCUGUUUGGAAGGCGUUGGGGAUUUCUAUGGAUGUGGGUGAAUACCAUGUAGUUUGGUCUGAAGCUUAG